AGUUAAUAGUUGAACCGUGUUGAAUAGUUGUCACUACUGUCAGAGGCGAGAGCAAAUCACUAAAUUCAUAAAAACGGUUAUUCUCACUUGGACUGUCGUAGCUCCUUCAACGGUGAGAUUAUAUGCUACAGAGCAUUCUUCAAAUUUUAUAAAUAUUGUUGAUCUCGUGAAAUAAUAUAUAAAAAAACCUCACAGGUAAAAUUGCUUGAGACUCGUGUAUGACCAUUGAUCUCCGCUAUGCCUAAGUCCAAACAGUAUGUAGAGUCAAGCAGUGACAGCAGCAGCGACUAUGAGCCGACAACUAAAAAAAAAACAGCCCAGAAAACUAAACGAGAAAGCUCUGAUGACGAACCAGCACCAAGCAAAAAACCAAAAAAGGAAACUAAGAAGGAUGAGGAUACCGUUUGGGAUCUAGGAAGCAACCGGCAGGUGACUGUUCGAGAAUUCAAAGGAAAACUGUUUGUGGAUAUUAGAGAGAUGUAUUACGAUAAAGAUGGAGAUGUUAAGCCUGGUAGGAAAGGAAUCUGUAUGAACAUGGCCCAGUGGCGAAAGUUUAUGGACAUCGUCGCAGAUGUUGACGAGGCGGCAAAGGCAAAGUGUUGAAAACAAUGGAAAUAAUCCAAGUCUUUUAUUACACAUGGAUCAAUAUAUUACUAGGUUCACUCCCAAUACUGAAUGAUUUUGUAUUUCAUUGUGUAUUAAAGUCAAAUAAUUUUGUUGUAUUAUAUGGUAUACUGUUUUCACAAAGAACUACGCAUACUAACAAUAACAUUCUUUUAUUACAAAAAAUAAAACUACAGUAAAAAUAG